UAAAAUCGAAGUAACCAAAUUGCGUCGUAUUAUUCACUAUUGUGUUUUUCGCGCUGCACUUAUCAACCUCACUCACUGGCCACUGCUUCCAUUUUCCAUUUCCAUGGCUUCCCUCAAAAACCUUCUCUCACAACGCCCUUUCCACCAACUCACAAACCCCAAAACCCUAACUUCUCUCAACUCCAAUUUCUCACUCAGACCCAUCUCUACCGCACCCCAAACCCAACCCCCAAAUUCCCAAACCGAGCAAACCAAAAAACCCCUCAGCACUUUCUUCUCCGAAGUAAUGUCGGGAAAAACCACAACAAUAGAAGAAAACGGUGACGGCGACAUCGAAUUGAAGAAGAAACUGAAGCAGUUAACUGAAGAAGUUAGAAUCUUGAAGGAGAAAAAAACAAAAAAGGUUCCAAUUUUAACAAAAGAGGCUCCGAAGAAAAUUGAAAAAAAGAGCCUGUUUUCUGUGUUUACCAAUCAACCUCUUCCUGAGGGUGUAGUAAGUGUGAAAAAGGAGGUGGUAGAGAAGAAGCAGAAGCCGAGGGAACCUUUUGUUGUUAAGGAGCUUUCGAUUGAUAUGGUGGUGUUUUUGAAGUUUUUGUAUGAAAACGGGUAUUUUAAAGAUGCUAAAUUUGCUAAUGUUCAUGAAAGAUUUGAUCUUGGUUGGUUUGAGAAUCCUUAUGCUUUGGGAUAUGCCAAGUUUGCAGCACAGAAAUUUGCGAGUGAUAAUCAUGAAAUGGCCAAAUGGCUAUCAGGAAGUGCAUUAAAGCAAGUGGUAGUGUUUGGCUGCCCCUCCACUGGCAAGAGUUGUGUCUUCCCUGCAAAAAGACUGCGAAAAUUUUUCGAGGUUCCAGAAAAUACAGUUUGUGGUAAAUGCUUGCUGCGAGAAUCAUGCACAUUUGCGAAUCAAAAUGUGUGGAAGUGUGAUGCCAAUAAAUUGGAUUUGGAGUUAGUUAUGAAGGUUGUUGUGUCAUAUGCUUUACACUUGGUGCAUCCUCAGCUGAUAGUGUCUGAUGAAGUGAACAAGUCGGUAAAUCAUUUACUGAAUGAGUUUGUGAAACUGAGUAAAAUCACCUGAAACUGCUUCUGGUUAACAAGAGAAUGACUUGUAUUAUUUGAACUGUUUCUCGCACAUCGUUGGGAAAUUGAGACAAUCGUCAUAUGAGGUGAGUUUCCAGACCUAGAAUUGUUUUUUCUUUGCAAACAAAUUUUGAAGAUUCCUUUUAUUGCUACACAAGUCUAAGUUUUUCAAUGAUGCUGAUCAACUCGAAAAGAAUGAAUUUGUCUGGAAGAUCUCUACCUUAUGAAAUUCUGAUCUGAGUGACGAGGUUUUCUUUGGAUUAAUUGCUGUAAGAAAUGGACUCGGAUCAUCUUUACAUGCUGGGCGGUUUUCUGGCAGAUGAAGGCUGCUUAAAGGGGAUUUUAGUUCAAAUAAUGAUUCGUAGAAAACAUCAAUAUAAUCAUUCAGCUGCAGUGUGAAGUAUGAAUCUGACAAAAUCGUUCUGUUGCUGAGUAGUAUUUGUGAUGUUUCUCAUUAUUCAAUUAUUAUUAAUAAAUUGGUUCAUUUACAAUAGAACGUUUUUUUCUUUCUUUCUGAAUUUGUGUAAUUCACCGAGACAGCAAGAUAUGUAAACAAGAAGAUCUUGAGAAACACGAUGAUGAGAAAUAUUCAAAUCUUAUCAAAAAGCUAGGGUAUAUGCUCAUAAAAAUGCACCAGUGCUGCUUAUUUAUGCCACUGCCAUGGUGGGCAUCCCUUCGAAAAACCACCUAAGGUAGUUGUAGAAAAAUCUGUCAUGUCAUUCUGCCAAGGAUAGAGGAGAAUUAACAGGAUUCCUGUGAGGGAGCUAAACCACCCCAAUCUGUAUGUGUGUGUCGCUUAAACUUAAAGUUUUUGAAUUUGGGAUUAGGGUUGCAUGCAUUCAUUGAUAUAUGAAUUGCCCAAUCAAGAUAGUACCAUAUUUCAAAUAUAUAUGUCUCAAUUCGAUUUUUCUAAGUCAAGAUAUAUCUCAUUUAAUCUUAGUUUGACAUUAAUCUUAGUUUGACAUUCCCAAGCCUAAAUUAAUGGGUUGGAUUGUCUAUAGGAGAUGUUCACACAAUUUCACAUCAACUAGUUUACCUCGCACCCAACAACAUUUUAUCCAAAUGUCUAUGUUUGGAUGAAAUGAAGCGGAACUUGCAUUUGAUUUUAUUCCAUCACUUUUUUAUACCGUUCAAUUUGGGCGCACUUUCAUAACUUUUUAUACCCUUCAAUUGAGUGGAAUGAGAAAAUUGUUAUAUUUCAUCACGAAAUACUCAAACAAUUGUAUGACAUAUUUAUUUCAUUCCUUUCAUUAAGAGCCUACAACACUCAGAUAUGUCACGAGGAAAGC